AUGCAGAAGCCAAGGCCCACGCAAGACACUGCAGACUCGUUUGCAAGGGGGGCCAAGCUAUUGGUAGCCCAGGCCUCCCUCAAGCGCAGUGGGUUAUGGAAACUGUGGCGAGCAUUAGAGGUGUUCGUGGGGAUUUGUUUCUUCGGCUUCGCCCCACUGGUAGCGCAUUGGUUUUUAUGGUAUCCACUAGUGGUAGUUCUGUACAUCGUGCCAGCCGCCAGCCAGUACGGCAUCAGAAUGCUUCUUCGCAUUCCGGUCCUCGCAAUAUUGACCAAAGGCUUGGGAGCCCAAGUGGCUGCACUCUUCCGCACAGCACUGCUGCUUGUAAUUCUAUUCCUUUUUGCGAGUGCGCAGCUUGUACAACAGGGCGACGGUUGGCAAACUGUAGAGCUUCUAUACAUGGGCAUCGGAACAGCUUUUUAUACGCUGAUGACCAAGGCCGACAGCACAUGGCGGCUUAGUCAACUAAAUGAAUUCUGGAUGUUUUUGUGGGUCCCACGCGGGGUGACAGCUAAAUGGCUCGUGCAAGUGAGCAUCGUUGUAUUCGCAUGUCUCCUCUGCUUGUACUGGAUUUGCUUGAUUUUUUCCAUCCUCCGUGGCUGCGCAUUUCGCUUGCGUCAUCGCGGAGAAGCGCCAAGUCCGUCCGUUAAUCAAUCGAGGGAGCAGAGUGUCCGUGAGCUGCUCCAGAGGCACCCGGACGAGUUCAGGAGGGUGGGUGAUGGCAGCAUCCGCCCCAUGGUACCCUUUACCUGGCCAUGGCGGAGCACUGGGUUAUGGCAACGCGUGGCUUUGGUGCUGUUUGACGUUGCACUUGACCUCAAUACGAUCUUCGCAUUCAUGUUCGCGCGGCACUACUUCUUCGCGGUUUGCAUGACCUUCGUUGUGGUCCAAAGCUUAUGCAAGCAGCUGAGCGUCAUCAAACCCUGGCGCUUGCGGCAGGUGAUCAGGGAAAGCUCGGAGAGGGGCUUGCUGCACGAGGACCUCCUGGACUUCUUGGAGGAAGAGCAGCGAUCCGAGGCCUUCUUCUGCGGUUGCAUCACGGCCUAUUCCAUCCCUUUCGUGGUGAGCACUGCGAUACAGAUGCUUGUCCAGCUGGGAAGCAUGUCCUUGAGCAUUUGGCUCUUCGCAGGCUACGCCGUGCGCCUGUGUGACAUAGAGGACGACGACGCGGCCGAAGAUUUGCAGCCAUUGGCAGGGGAUGGACCCGAGCUAACAGAAGCCGCCGUCGAUGACGCUCAGGUUGCGCAAGAGCAGGAGGACUUGCAGAGCGAGAAGACUGGCGCCACUGUCGGAGAUGUCAGGCUGGAAGUUUUCUCCAGGCAAGCCAGCGAGGAAGAGGUCAGGACGAAGCCGCUUCCCCAGAUCCUUGGCGUCGCCGCAGAGGUUCGAGAGGCAGUGAAGCUCCCUGAAGCCCCCGAUAGCCCCAUCACCCAUCCUGCGGCCACCAAUGCAAAAGCAGUCCCGGCGGAGACUCUGAUGGGUUCGAACGAGGAAAACGAACAGUGUCUAGUUGAUGACGAAGCGGGGCAAAGUUCCACGGUAGGGGCAGAGGCAGGCCUUGGCACUAAGAGCCGUCGCACAAAGGCUAGCAAAGUCCAGAAGAAGGGGAAGGGCGAAGCCUCGAGGAGGACCAGGUCCAAGCCGUCGACCGCAACUGAUGCUGAUUGA